UUCAAAUGUUGCACAAAGCGGUUCUCCUUUUAAGUGUCUAUAUAGACAUUGCCCAGGGAAUAACUUCUGCCGAUAUCAUAGCCUCACACAACUAUCCGGUGGAAAUACACACUAUUGUCACAAGAGAUGGCUAUAUACUCACCGCGUUUCGCAUUCCCUCGUCGGUGUUCUGUAGGCAAUCAGAACCGAAGCCGGUAGUGCUCUUCCAGCACGGCAUGACCGCCUCCUCCGACGUUUUCCUAGUGAAUGGACCGCGGGAUGCCUUGCCCUUCAUGCUAGCGGAUGCCUGCUACGACGUGUGGCUGAGUAACUCACGGGGCACCCACUACUCCCGCCGCCACAUCUUCCUAAGCCCGUCCAAAAAAGCCUUUUGGCGCUUCAGCUGGCACGAGAUCGGGAAAGAGGACGUGGCCGCCAUGAUUGACUACAUCCUGGCCGCCACGAAUCAGAAGGCGCUGCAUUACGUGGGACACUCGCAGGGCUGCACCACACUGGUGGUGCUCCUAAGCACGCGUCCGCAGUACAAUAAGUUGGUCAAGACCGCCAUCCUGAUGGCUCCGGCUGUUUUCAUGCGGCACACAUCCACGUUGGCGCAGACUGUUUUGAGGAAAUAUAUAAUGAAAACGCGGGACCACGAGUUCAUGUUCCACAACAGGGUUUUGAGUGACAUCUUGAGGGUCAAGUGCGGGUUACCCGCCGCGAAUGUGCUCUGUUCAGCCUUCUUUUUGAUGAGCAACGGAAGAGUUUCCCCACAUUUUAACAGAAGUACCAUACCUUUGAUUGCGGCCACGCUUCCGGCCGGAAUCUCUUCGCGCCAGCCAAAGCACUUUAUCCAGCUCACGGACAGCGGCAAAUUCAGAAUGUUUGACUUUGGAAUCACGAAGAACUUGUUAACCUACAGGACCGUCGCACCCCCCGAUUAUCAGCUAAAAAACGUCCGCCCCCUGACGCCUGUCCACAUCUUCUACAGCGACGACGACUUCUCCACAACUAAGCAGGAUGUCGAGCACUUUGCCUCUAGGUUGCAGGAGGCGGUGCUGCAUCGCAUCUCAAAAUCUUCUUGGCACCACGUGGACUUCGUUCAUGCAAUGACCGUUGCUGAAGUGAUCAAUAAGCCGAUUAUUCAAAUUUUUAAACGGUUUGAGCAACUUUAGGAUCACGAAGUAAAUGUGCACUUCAAAUAAAGUGUAUAAAUAUAUAUACACUUAUAAAUAUGCAAUUUUCUGGAUUCCAGGAAAAAUCACA